GAGGAGACAGCGGCGGGCGGGGCCCUUUGGGAGCAGGUGGGACGAGGAAAGCAGGCACAGUCUCACACCGGCAGGUGAGGUGAUUCCCCGCUCUUCAGUGCGCCGACAUGUCUUACGUGUUCUCCUCGGCGAGCGGUGGCUCGCAGAAAAAUAAGGCGGUGAAGGACCGGGGUACGAUGGGGGUUAAGGCCAGGAAACUCACCUACCAAGAGCUGAAGAAGCAGUGCCUGAAUGAGGGUGUUCUGUACGAGGACCAGGAGUUCCCGGCCGACGAUUCAUCACUCUUCUACAGCGAGAAGCCUUCAGUUACCUUCGAGUGGAAACGGCCCAAAGAGAUUUCAAGUGACCCGAAGUUCAUUGUUGAUGGAGCAACAAGGACAGAUAUUUGCCAGGGAGAUCUGGGAGACUGCUGGUUCCUCGCUGCUGUUGCCUCACUGACUCUGAACGAGAAGCUGCUGUACCACGUCGUCCCUCCUGAUCAGACCUUCGGCCAAGAUUACGCAGGCAUCUUCCACUUCCGGUUCUGGCAAUACAGCGAGUGGGUGGAUGUUGUGAUUGAUGAUCGUUUGCCGACCUUCAGAAACCGCUUGGUGUUCUUACACUCUGCCAGUAACGAUGAAUUCUGGAGUGCCUUACUGGAAAAAGCCUACGCCAAGCUGUAUGGAAGCUAUGAGUCGUUGAAAGGAGGCAGCACUAUGGAGGCCAUGGAAGAUUUCACUGGUGGCAUGGGAGAGGUGUUUGAUUUGAAGGAAGCUCCCCCAAACCUGUUCACCCUUAUCAAAAAGGUGCUGAACCGGGGCUGCAUGUUGGGAUGCUCUAUCGACAUCACGAGUGCAGCUGAGACAGAAGCUCGGACCCAGACAGGACUUAUCAAAGGACAUGCAUAUUCCAUUACUGGCGUGGACCAGGUGAACUCCAGAGGUCGCCCAGUGCAGCUGAUCCGUGUAAGGAAUCCCUGGGGACAAGUGGAGUGGAAUGGACCUUGGAGUGAUGACUCUCCUGAAUGGAAGUCAGUGGAUGCGGCUGAUUACCGAAGACUUAACAUGAUCUCCAAAGAUGAUGGCGAGUUUUGGAUGGGCUUUGAUGAUUUUAAGAGAUAUUACAGCAAAGUGGAAGUGUGCAACCUUACACCGGACUCGCUGAGCAGCAACACUCGUAACAAGUGGGAGGUGGUAACAUUUCAAGGGAUUUGGACAAAAGGUUGCACAGCAGGCGGAUGCAGGAACUUUUUAGACACUUUCUGGACCAACCCCCAGUAUAAGAUCAAGCUGUUGGAAGAGGACGAGGAACAGGAGGAUGGGAAGAAUGAGUGCACCAUGGUGGUAGCCCUCAUGCAGAAGAACAGGCGCAAACUGCGCAAAGAAGGGAUGACACUGCUGACGAUUGGAUUUGCCAUCUACCAGGCUGAAAGUGGUGUUGAUCACCUGCCGAAAGAGUUCUUCCGAUUCCAUGCUUCACAAGCAAAGAGCAAGACCUACAUUAAUUUAAGGGAAAUCUGUGAAAGGUUUAAACUUCCACCGGGGGAAUAUGUCAUUAUUCCAACUACGUUUCAACCCAAUGAAGAAGCUGAUUUUCUCAUUCGAAUCUUUACGGAGAAGGUAGCUAAAUCUAUUGAACUGGGAGAUAAAGUCGGUGCUGAUCUACCAGAGCCGCCCAAACCAACGCAGAAAACCACAGAGGAGAGUGCAGAAGAGAAGCAGUUCCGGGCUGUGUUUGAGCAAAUCUCAGGGAAGGAUCUGGAAAUCAGUGCUUUUGAAUUGCAAGACAUAUUAGAACAUGCAUUUUCAAGACAAAAGGAGCUGGGGGUUGAGAGCUUCCACAUUGAGACGUGUCGCAGUAUUGUGUCCCUCUACAAUAAAGACGAUUCUGGAGGACUUGGGUUUGAAGAAUUUAAGAUCUUCUGGAAGCGGCUGGGCAUGUGGAAGAGUGCUUUCAUGAGAUGUGACCAUGAUAAAUCAGGGACCAUAUCUGCUCAUGAGCUUCGAUCUGCUAUGAAGUAUGUUGGGUUUCACCUCAACAACCAGUUACUGCAACUACUGGUCAUCCGAUAUGAAGAUACUUCCCUACAAAUCGACUUUGAUAACUACAUUCGUUGCAUGGUUCGGUUGGAGACUGCAUUCAGAUCAUUUAAGUCUCAUGACACCCGACAGACUGGUGAAGUGACUUUCAACUUGAUGCAGUGGCUUUUACUGACUAUGAAUAUCUGAAGACUGAACAGAAGAUUGCUGUGCAACAGUGCAUUCUACUAAUGAUCUUCAUUUUCAAUUAGACUGGGUACUAUAUGCAACUGAAUGUAGUCUUAUUCUUUGUAUUUGUUGAGUUUUUAAUCAUACUUUUAUAUAUUUGAGCAUUCUUGUUGGAAAAAUACCCACUACCAAGGGUACUGCUAGGAAUAUUAUCUUUUCUAUGCUGCAUUAUAUUCCUGCAUGAGGUCGUUCACUUCUAACAUUGAAUCCCAUUGCUCUUUUACAUCCAUUCUCCCAGUGAAACUCGCAUACCUAGUACAUCAAUCCCCUUAAUUUAUCUGAUACUUCUAAGUCUUUCAACAAGACCCUCUGGCACAUUAGCUUUUCUCUCUAACUCAAAUCCUUUAAGUAUGUGAACUCUCCCAUCAUAUAGUUCCUUUCAUGAAAUUAACUCUGUGAAGCCCAUUUUUUGAGUUUGAAACAUAGUUAACAAUUGUAACAAAUUUUCUAAGUAAGUUGAUAGUGAUUACAUGGUAUGCACAUGUCAGUCAAUUUGUGAACAAAAAUAUUUGCUUGUGUGGCUGUUUCUCUUCAGUAUUCUUUUGCUCCCCAGUCACUUUAAUAUGAAAGCUCCUUGUUCACACUCAACCAAAAAAAAAACACCCUUCCUAAAUGAUGAAGGCACAGGCACUCAUUUUAGGGAAUUGGUGCUGAUCCUGGGAUUCCCUGACAUCUCUGAACAGCCCCAACUCCUUAAAAGGAGUGGCCAUGUUGUCAUUUAGGAUGUGCGUAUUUCUCAAAUGGCCAUCAGACAAUUAUUCCAAACAUUUCUCCCUUUCACUGUAUCUAGGAUUAUUUUAUAACUAAUUAUAUUCUCAAUGAAAAAGUGACCAUUUCUGAGGCUUGAAGGAAAGAACCAAUUCAUCAACAAGGAAUGGCUGAAGCGAACAGCACUUGAGAAAUUAGAUAAAUGCAAGCACGGAGUAGAAAGUCUUUUUGAAACUUAAGUAGCAAAAAUUGGCCAAGUAAUUGCUUUGUGUGCUAUAAAUUCCAUGAUUCAAUAUAGGUUUAAGGUAUUUUUAAUUUAUGCUUUUGUGAAAAGUUACAUUUGGUAUAUUAGCUAGUUAUUUAAGAUGAGAUCCACACAGUAUAAUUGUUAAAAGACUUUCGUUUUAUGUACCAGUACCAAAUCAAAAGGUAUGAGAUGUAUGGUGCUAAUGUAGUAAUGUUAAGAUAUACCAGUCAGUUUAGUUUCUAUUCAGUUGAGCUGAGAUUUCCACAUCCUCCAACGUUUCCUGUACAUCACAAAAACAUAAAGGUGCUGAACAAUUAUAUAUUUGAGGAAAGCUAACAAUGUCCUACCUGUGCCUGCCCCUUAUGGGGGUGAGUGAGAGGGGUUGAGAGGAAAUAGAGUGUGAACCAUAACAUGCCAUGAAGGUGUUAAAUGUGAAAUCUACAUCCUACUAGACUGUCAUAAACACCAGGAUUAACAGAAAGGGUGAAAAGGCUCAGCAUCAGAAAUAAUGGGAAGACCUGAAGAACUUCUGUGAGUAACACAAACAUCUUCAUUCCCCUCUGAGCUCAUUCAGCUCAUUGCUGGUGCUGCCCUCCUUCUCAAGCUGUCUACUGAAGAUGCCUCUCUUCAAGUGCCUGGUGUUGAUCAGGUAGUUUGAGUUUGUGCAUUUCCAUCAUGUUAUCUGGGAUUGUGAGCUCCUGCCAUGCAAAUUUGAAGUUCUCACUGACAUCCCAACUGCUGCUUCUCCACUCUGAGCAGUCAUGAACCUGGGCUCGCCUGGACCCAAUGUCCUGAUAUGCUGUUGUCCUUUCUUAGCCUGUUACAAAGUUUCCCACUUGCACUGUCCUAUACUAGGGCUUUACUGCGCCAGAUCCCUUUCUGGGCUGUGUAUAGUAAUUGUUGCCUAAAGAACAAUAAAUCAGCUUUAAAAAGAUAACCAAAUACAUAACAUUUAGACAAUUCCAGUCUUCUAUUUUCUAAUGCACAGUACUUGCUUAUUUCUCUUGCUAUGUUGUUAAAUUGUGAGAAGCAUCAACAAAAUCCACUUAUGGAAACAGGGCCCAUGUCAGUAAUCCAGCUGGAGUUUUGGAAAUUGAGUUUUAAUCAUUGGAUUGAUUUUGUAUUGAUAAAGGGGUGACAAAAAUAAAUUUACUGUCUGGUGCAGUAUAUCUGA